AUAGAACUCAUACGUCGAGAAAAAAAAUGUAAGUCGAUUGUGUCGUGAUUUUCGUAGAGAUUGAUCAUUUUAUACGCGAUAUGGUUGAAAACGACGAACUCUGAUUUAAUUGCAAGACAGAAUGAAUUGGUUUAUAACCCUCGGUGUUAAGCAGGCGAAUACAAUGUAGUUCUGAACAAAUUGAUACGAAGCGAAAAUUUCUAUGUAAAAGGUAAAUACCUGAGUACCUGACAGUAUCUCUACUAAAACAGAUCGAAGAGGAAGUUUGACAAAAAUUGUAGGUGUUAUUUAUUGUUCAGUAACGACAGACAAAGCAACAGCAGCCUAACAGUUCAUAUCACGAUGUCUAAGCCCGAACAACUUUCAAUUAAUAUUAUAAGUCCAGAGGGGAAAAUUAAGAGCAUCAAUGUUACGUCAGAUAUGACGAUAAAUAAAAUAAAAAAUACUGGGUUAAAACAUUUCUAUAGUGAUAAUGCGUCCAGGAACUCGGCCAAUUAUCGUCUUAUUCAUACGUCGAAAUUCACAGAGCUCACGGACAGCAACAGCGUGUCCGACGAGAAAAUUAGCCAAAAUGAUGAAUUAUUGUUAAUUAAAAGUCGCCGAGCACCUUCUAUUAAAGAACUAUCGCAGGAGAAUUUCAAAGGUCCAAACGAGGAAUUAAUAUUGCAAGCAACGAAAGAUCUGCCCAUACGUAAUCCACCUAAACGUAUCUCGUCCCUUUAUUGCCCUGCAGAAUUCCAGAAUGAUUUACGAAAAAUUUUAAUAACGCUCGCCAAGGCGUCUGCGAGAAUCAUGACGUACAGUCCAGACGCAGACAGAUACUGCGAGGUUUUGAAACAAAAAUUGGAAGCUAGAUGUAAACCGCACAUCGAUCCAAACGCUGUGAAGACUCUGACAGAGAUGGGCUAUUCUGACAGAAGCGUUAUUAAAGCUCUCCGGUUGAAAAAAUUAAACAUGAUGGAAGCUUUAGACUGGCUGACAGACCAUCAGUAUGGUUCAGACGACGAGGACGAAGAUUUCAUGACCAGUGAAAAAGAGUGUGAAGAUUUGAAAGACGAGAAUGUACUCAGUGUGGUAGAACGUUUGCUAGACAGUUACAAACGGUUUAGGAAAAUGGACUUCAAGCCCAAUGUUCCAGCUUUCGAGAUACUGUCAGAAAUGGGAUUCGAAGAGAAGAGUAUAAUCAAAGCUCUGAAAAUUACUGGGAACAAUCGAACUAACGCUUGCGAAUGGCUGCUUGGCGAGAGAAACGAGUGCUUGCACGACAUUGAUAAAGAACUCGAUCCGGAUAAUCCGAUUUAUAAAGCGAUCAUGAACGAUCCUCGUAUCCAACUUAGUCUCACAAAUCCAAAUAUGUUACUUUUGUACCUGUCCAUGUUGGAAUCGCCGGUACUUACGGACAGUCGAAUACGAGAUCCCGAAGGCCCGAUUCUCGAUCACAUUAUCGUCACCUGUUACGCUGAGAAACACGCGCUUCAUAUGAAGCAAUACUUGAUUGAUGCUUGAUUUAUUGAUCAUUCUAUAAAAUAUUCUGUACAAUAAUACAUAUAAAUUUCCCGUUGAAAGUUACAGAAACGUUUCUGAUAACUCGUGUAAAAAGUCAAUCGAUGAUUAGUUAUUUAACCAGUAAAUUAUGUUUGACG